AUGACGCAGCUGCUCAAUGGGCGCGGAUGGAUGGUCAACUCCGGUAGCAGUCUCAUCGCCGUCGCCUUCGUCCCUUGCGACUUCCUCGUAUUUCUCGCUGCACCUGCCUGCAACGCCGGGACCAGGCAGAUGGCAAAACCAGCCCGGCCAGCCGCCAUCCCUGCUCGCCGAAGGGCGCUUGUUGGGGUGGGCUGCAGGUCGCGGUCACGUGCGCGGCGCCUCGACCCCCUUGGCCUCUGGCCGCGGCCAGGGAAGGACGGCCCGAUCUCCAGAUCGAUCCGACGUAGAUCAGCCUGGGCCAAGCCCUCCAAGGGAACCCACCGCCGCAAACGCCGUCGGGCGACCGCAGCAUUGACGUCCCGCACCGCAUCGCGACAAACAACCCACGGCGCCGGCCUCGACGCCACGCCAACGCUGCUGAGCCCCGGGCAGCAGGAUGUUACCAAAUUCAACGGCGGCAGCGGAAAAAUACAUCGGAAGCGGGGUGGCCCCAAUUAUUGGCCUCGAUUGGCCACAGUCGGGGCAGCAAAACCCCUCAUACCGUGCCUACCACCUGCCUACGGCACGGGCAUAGGAAUAGGCAUGGGCAUGGGCAAGUUCCGCACACGGUCGCUGAAAACGGCCGCCGCCUGCACUUAA